AUGUGCGAUGACGUCGCGGCAGGGCGUCGCCCAAUAACCCCUCCGGCUGACACCCGGCCUCGGGACGCCCCUGCCUCCCGGGACUACAGUUCCCAGCAUACGGCAGAGUCUCCCACCGUCACCCUGCAUACCCCGAGAGUCUCCCUCUGUCACCCUACAUACCCCGAGAGUCUCACUCCGUCACCCCGCAUACCCCGAGAGUCUCACUCCGUCACCCCGCAUACCCCGAGAGUCUCACUCCGUCACCACACAUACCCCGAGAGUUUCACUCUGUUACCCCGCAUACCCCCAGAGUCUCACUCCGUCACCCCGCAUACCCCGAGAGUCUCCCUCCGUCACCACACAUACCCCGAGAGUCUCACUCUGUCACCCUACAUACCCCGAGAGUCUCCCUCCGUCACCCCGCAUACCCCGAGAGUCUCCCUCCGUCACCCCGCAUACCCCGAGAGUCUCCCUCCGUCACCCCGCAUACCCCGAGAGUCUCCCUCCGUCACCCCGCAUACCCCGAGAGUCUCCCUCCGUCACCCCGCAUACCCCGAGAGUCUCCCUCCGUCACCCCGCAUACCCCGAGAGUCUCCCUCCGUCACCCCGCAUACCCCGAGAGUCUCCCUCCGUCACCCCGCAUACCCCGAGAGUCUCCCUCCGUCACCCCGCAUACCCCGAGAGUCUCCCUCCGUCACCCCGCAUACCCCGAGAGUCUCCCUCCGUCACCCCGCAUACCCCGAGAGUCUCCCUCCGUCACCCCGCAUACCCCGAGAGUCUCCCUCCGUCACCCCGCAUACCCCGAGAGUCUCCCUCCGUCACCCCGCAUACCCCGAGAGUCUCCCUCCGUCACCCCGCAUACCCCGAGAGUCUCCCUCCGUCACCCCGCAUACCCCGAGAGUCUCCCUCCGUCACCCCGCAUACCCCGAGAGUCUCCCUCCGUCACCCCGCAUACCCCGAGAGUCUCCCUCCGUCACCCCGCAUACCCCGAGAGUCUCCCUCCGUCACCCCGCAUACCCCGAGAGUCUCCCUCCGUCACCCCGCAUACCCCGAGAGUCUCCCUCCGUCACCCCGCAUACCCCGAGAGUCUCCCUCCGUCACCCCGCAUACCCCGAGAGUCUCCCUCCGUCACCCCGCAUACCCCGAGAGUCUCCCUCCGUCACCCCGCAUACCCCGAGAGUCUCCCUCCGUCACCCCGCAUACCCCGAGAGUCUCCCUCCGUCACCCCGCAUACCCCGAGAGUCUCCCUCCGUCACCCCGCAUACCCCGAGAGUCUCCCUCCGUCACCCCGCAUACCCCGAGAGUCUCCCUCCGUCACCCCGCAUACCCCGAGAGUCUCCCUCCGUCACCCCGCAUACCCCGAGAGUCUCCCUCCGUCACCCCGCAUACCCCGAGAGUCUCCCUCCGUCACCCCGCAUACCCCGAGAGUCUCACUCCGUCACCCCGCAUACCCCGAGA